AUGAAGGAGUGCUCAGUGAAUCUUUUGGAGAGAAUAUACAUAAAGAAAGAAUAUUUGGUGUGUCACACACUUUGCAACCAAAUAGUAAAAAUAAGGUUCAAAAAGUAUUCACUCAUCCGGCCUGAAGUUGCCAUAAAGUACUUUAAGUGCAUUGCCAGAAGGUUUGGGAAUUAUGCAGUAGAUAAAGAAGUUGUAAGAAUUUCGAAAGAGAGUAAAUUACUACUUGAAAGGAUCGCACAUAAAGAACUCUCCAGCACAGGCAUCUUAAUGUCUAACCUAAAAAUAAAUGGGUUUGCCAGAAUAUCCUGUAUAACAGAGAAUAAAUGCGGGUGCAAUGAGUGCUUGGAAAAAGAAAGAAGAGUUCUUGCAAUAAAGGAGUACUCACUUGAUGGAUAUUCCUACGAGGACUUUAAAAAUAUAAUCAGCCUAAUCAAAAAAAAUGAAAAAAUCAAAACCAAGAUAAUGCAGCAGAUGCAGCAGUAUAAUAAAUACGGGGUUAGGACCACUAGGGAAGUAUACGACAGAUUCUUUGGGUGCUAUAACUUAAAGGAGAAGCGGGCUGGCAUACGGCCAUUUAUACAGAAAGGACCGUGGACCAAAGAGAGUGCGAAUAAGUUGAUUCACUCGUAUAAAACUGCAAUGUCAAUUAGAGAAAUGUCAUUUUUUGUGAUUCUGUAUAAGACAUGUCAUCCCUCAGCUAAUUUCAUAAUGUACAAUAAUACACAAAUAUAUUACACCCUAAUAAUACACAAAAUAGACUUAAAGACAAAGUAUGAGCUAAGACAGUACAUAAAGAAUAAAAUACACAAAAAAUGA